CAAGCCGCUCUGUCCCCGUCUCCCCGUCUCCGGCUUCUGCUGAGUUUUCUAAACAAUUCCCCCAAAGAGGCUGACGAGGAUGUUUUCUCUCGCCUUGGGCAGCCUGGGAUGGGGGGCACAGCACCCCGGAAAUGACUCUGCCUCCCCAUCCUCACGUGCAGCCAGCACAGGGGGACAAGGGAUAUAAAGCACAGCGGAGCUGCCUUAGCUCCCAUGCUGGGUGAGCUGGCAGCAGGCAGGAUGCAAGGCGGCUGCGUGGUGCUGGGGCUCCUGUGCUGCUUGGUGGCCGGGGUGGGCUCCUACACGCCCUGGGACCUCUCCUGGACAGCACGAGGGGAUCCCUCUGCCUGGUCCUAUGGGGCCGAGGCACACUCACGGGCCGUGGCCGGCUCGCACCCGGUGGCUGUGCAGUGCCAAGAGGCACAGCUGGUGGUGACGGUGCACAGGGACCUCUUUGGCACCGGGCGUCUCAUCAACGCUGCCGACCUGACUCUGGGCCCAGCUGCCUGCAAGCACUCCUCGCUCAACGCUGCGCACAACACCGUUACCUUCGCCGCUGGCCUCCACGAGUGUGGCAGCGUCGUGCAGGUGACGCCAGAUGCCCUCAUCUAUCGCACGCUCAUCAACUACGACCCCAGCCCUGCCAGCAACCCUGUCAUCAUCCGUACCAACCCUGCUGUCAUCCCCAUCGAGUGCCACUACCCCAGGAGGGAGAAUGUGAGUAGCAAUGCCAUCCGGCCCACCUGGUCCCCCUUCAACUCUGCACUGUCAGCUGAGGAGAGACUGGUGUUCUCCCUGCGCCUCAUGAGCGACGACUGGAGCACAGAGAGACCCUUCACCGGCUUCCAGCUGGGCGACAUCCUCAACAUCCAGGCUGAAGUCAGCACUGAGAGCCAUGUGCCCCUGCGGCUCUUUGUGGACAGCUGUGUGGCUGCCCUGAGCCCUGACGGUGACUCCUCGCCCCACUACGCCAUCAUUGACUUCAACGGGUGCUUAGUGGAUGGGAGGGUGGAUGACACCAGUUCUGCCUUCAUCACACCCCGGCCACGGGAGGAUGUGCUGCGGUUCAGGAUCGAUGUCUUCAGGUUUGCAGGGGACACCAGGAACCUGAUCUACAUCACCUGCCACCUGAAGGUGACCCCAGCAGACCAAGGCCCAGACCCCCAGAACAAGGCUUGCUCCUUCAAUAAGGCUAGAAACACCUGGGUGCCAGUGGAAGGCAGCAGGGAUGUCUGCAGCUGCUGUGAGACGGGCAACUGUGAGCCGCCUGCGCUUUCCCGGAGGCUCAACCCCAUGGAGCGAUGGCAUGGACGCCGCUUCCGCCGUGAUGCUGGGAAAGAGGUUGCAGCUGAUGUGGUCAUUGGCCCCGUGCUGCUCUUGGCCGAGUCAGCAGCCAUGGGACAGCAGCAGGAGGAUGGUGAUGGUGCAGAGGUGAUAGUGUCCAGCGUGGAGAUAGGGCUGCUGUGCGUGGCCAUGGCUGUAGCCCUGGCUGCCAUUGGGGUGGCUGUGGGUAUUGCACUCAAGAGUUGCACCCGAACCUCAGCUGCGGCAUGAGUGCAGGGCGAGCCGUGAAUAAAGCCUGGAAAAGAGAAACUGUGUCGUGCUGUCCCUUUGCGCCGCUGUGGCUCUGGAGUAGCAGAGUCCCCAGCUCCACCACUUGGGUUCGGGGUUGGGGGUUGCAUUGCAAUGGAGAUAGAGCACUGCCAGCAGUGGGACGCCCCAGCAGGGCUUCAAGCUCCUCCCAGUGCCCAGUUCUGCCCUGGUGGCUCUCCAUACGUACCACUGGGUUCAGACCGCGUGGUUGGGUGGCCCUAGAGGUGUCCCCAGCCUCUAGUCACCACGUGUUAGGGGACAACGGUUGCACAGAGGAUCCGUCUCCAUGCCCUGUUUGGGCUCUGGGGGUCGCAAACCAGCCGGGUGGGCGCAGGGAUCUGCUAUACAGGAUGGGGUCCCGGCUGGGACAAGUCCCAAACCCCUGUGCCCCCAGACUGCUGCGAGCGAGCGAGUUCAAGAGCUCCGCUCCCACCCGUGCCCCUUCAGCUCCGCGCAGCUUCGUUCCCCCCUCAACCCGAGCUGCUGCCCUCGCUGUUCACACACUGUGCAUCUAUAUCAGUUCCCACUGCCACCGUGAUCGAAUGAGGGCCCUGGAGCGCAGCUGCUGGAGCAGAGAGUGGCUCCGAGCUGAGUGCCAGAGCUGCGGCUGGGAGAAGCUGAACGAGCCGAGCAUCCAUCGGCUGCAGCUGAAAAUAAAGACGGGUAAGCAUAGAGAGGCACAAGCACGAAAUAAAGACAGAGGAACCAAAUACAGCCCCGGGAGUUGAAACCGCGGCGCGCUGAAGCCUCGAGGCGGCUCCUCCCGGCGGGCGCGGGAACAGCGCGGACCUGGGU